GCGGGGGCGGCGCUGGGCAGCGCGCGCUCGGGCGGCGUGCGGGCCGAAGGGCGUGUAACGGCCGUUAGGCGACCUGAGGAGCGGAUUCGCUGCUCGUGCAGACGUGGUGGCCGCCGUCAGUACCUCAGGGUGAGGGGUCUCGCCGCCCGCUCUCAGGCCCGUUUGUCUCAGGUAACUGAUGGCCAUGCAAGAAAAAUAUCCAAAUGACAGGUCUUCUCAUGCUACUUCACCAGGUUCCAGUGUGAUUCAAAAAGGCAGUUCUCUGGGAACUGAAUGGCAGACACCAGUUAUCUCAGAGGCCUUUCGGAGCCGCUUCAGCCGCUGCUCGAGCAUCGCUGACAGUGGGGACACAGCCAUUGGAACUUCAUGCUCAGACAUUGCAGAGGAUUUUUGCAGCUCAAGUGGCAGCUCUUCUUUCCAGCCAAUCAAAAGCCACAUAACCAUUCCAACAGCCCAUGUAAUGCCUUCUACUUUGGGGGCCUCUCCUGCCAAACCAAAUUCUACACCUUCUGGGCCUUCUUCCUCUAAACUCCCCUUGUCGGGUUUGGCUGAAGGUGUGGGGAUGACAAGAAAUGGAGACUUUGGUGCAGUGAAGCGUUCUCCAGGCCUGUCAAGAGAUUUCAUGUAUCUCCCUAGUGCUGCUGGAGAGAAUGGGAUUCAGCAGUCCUGGUUUCCAGCAGUCGGCCAUGAAAGAGAGGGAGAGAUGAGGAAGUUUGAUAUUCCUAACAUGGAGUCUACCCUUAACCAGCCUGCCAUCGUAGAGACGUUAUAUUCAGAUCCACAUUACCGAGUCCACUUCCCUAACCCAAGAUCUGAUGCAAAUAAGGAUGUAUACAAAGUAUUGCCAGAAUCCAAGAAGGCACCAGGCAGUGGUGCAGUGUUUGAACGGAAUGGACCACAUGCCAGCAACAGUGGAGUGCUCCCUUUGGGACUCCAGCCUGCUCCUGGGCUUUCCAAGUCACUGUCCUCUCAGGUGUGGCAACCAAGUCCUGACCCUUGGCAUCCUGGAGAACAGUCUUGUGAGCUCAGUACUUGUCGACAGCAGUUGGAAUUGAUUCGUUUACAGAUGGAACAAAUGCAGCUUCAGAAUGGAGCCGUCUGUCACCAUCCUGCUGCUUUUGCUCCUUUACUGCCCACCUUAGAGCCAGCACAGUGGAUUAGCAUCUUGAACAGUAAUGAACAUCUUCUGAAAGAAAAGGAGCUCCUCAUUGACAAGCAGAGGAAACAUAUCUCUCAGUUGGAGCAGAAAGUACGAGAGAGUGAACUACAAGUCCACAGUGCCCUUUUGGGUCGUCCUGCCCCUUUUGGAGAUGUCUGCUUAUUGAGGCUCCAGGAGUUGCAGCGAGAGAACACUUUCUUACGGGCACAGUUUGCACAGAAGACAGAAGCCUUGAGCAAAGAAAAGAUGGAGCUUGAAAAGAAACUCUCUGCUUCAGAAGUUGAAAUUCAGCUCAUCAGGGAAUCUCUCAAAGUGACACUACAGAAGCAUUCGGAGGAGGGGAAGAAACAGGAAGAAAGGGUCAAAGGCCGUGAUAAACAUAUCAAUAAUUUGAAAAAGAAAUGUCAGAAGGAAUCAGAGCAGAACCGGGAGAAGCAGCAGCGUAUUGAGACGUUGGAACGCUAUCUGGCUGACCUACCCACCCUUGAAGAUCAUCAGAAGCAGACCGAGCAGCUUAAGGAUGCAGAGUUGAAGAACACAGAACUGCAAGAGAGAGUGGCUGAGCUGGAGACUUUGCUGGAGGAUACCCGGGCAACCUGCAGAGAGAAGGAGGUUCAGCUGGAAAGCCUGAGACAGAGAGAAGCAGAAUUCUCCUCUGCUAGACAUAGCUUGCAAGAUAAACAGUCUGUGGAGGGUGCCAGUGGAGAAGGUUUCACAGUGGAAAUGGAAUCCCAGCAGAAGGAAUGUGAUUCCCUCCGAAAGAUGGUGGAGAGGCAACAGCUGAAGAUAGAGCAGCUGCACUCUCAAGUCCAGAGCCUAAAGCAAGAACUGGCUCAAGAAGAAGGAAUAAGCCAGGCCUUGAGAGAGGAGGCACAGCGGAGGGAGAUAGCCCUGCAGCAGAUUCGUACAGCCGUGAAGGAGCUCUCAGUGCAAAACCAGGACCUGAUUGAGAAGAAUCUGACGCUGCAAGAGCACUUGCGCCAGGCCCAGCCGGGAUCCGCAUCUUCCCCAGACACGGCCCAGCUGGCAGAUGAGCUGCACCAGGAACUGGCCAUUUGCCUUCAAGAUCUGCAAGCUGUCUGCAGCAUUGUGACCCAGAGGGCCCAGGGCCACAACCCUAACCUCUCUCUGCUCUUAGGCAUUCACUCCACCCAGCUCCCAGGGACUCAGCUGGAUUUGCAGAAGCCAGAUGUGAUCAGGAGAAAACUAGAAGAGGUUCAACAGCUGCAUCGUGACAUUGAGGACUUAAGGACCAGCCUGUCAGACAGAUAUGCCCAGGACAUGGGAGAAAACUGUGCCACACAGUGAGGAGCGAGGGAGGACCUGGCUGAUAGUAGCCUCGCCAGAAGGUUCCUGCCCUGACAAUCCUGCCUUCUGCUGCUGCACCCGGGGGGAGCCUGUGUCUGGGGCCAGGGGUGAUGAGAAGCCUGCCUGUUUGCUGUAUACUGACUUUGCCUUACUGGGUUAUGUUUUACCUGUUAUCUUACUCUGAAAGGCUGAGUUACUAAUUAACCUUUUUGUAGAUUCAACUGAUAAACGGUCCUCACAAACUGUUCCCAGCCCUAACCUGACAUCAGAAGCAAACAGGCUGCUCACCUCCCCUCUCCAUCCUCCAGGAUGACCCGUGUUCAUUCCUACUCCAUACCUUGGUCCUGCUGAUGCUCUGUUAAGAGAGGCCUGAAAGGUUAAGUAGGAGUAGCAACCUUUGAAGAAUUCUCAGGCCCCGUGUUUCAGCCUUCCUGGGAACCCAGCUGGCUUUCUGGGUUUUCUCAGGUACCUGCUUCCUCAGGGCUGUUGUUCCCCACACAGGCCUCAGGGUUAUCUACCCCUUAGUAAAGUCCCCCACUAGGAUUGCUGGCUUGGGGACUACAGCAGGGCUCCUCAUCCUGCCUGCUGUGCUAUCUUUUACAGGAAACUCUGGCUACCCUGUGUCCCUGGUGCCCUGGCAUGUGGUCAGCAUAGCCUUUCUCCUUUGCUCGGGCCUUCUAGGUAGCCCCGUCUGGGGUGCCUAAGUGCAGACCCCUCUGUUGUGAUGGCCCUGUGGUUUGCAGGUUGCACAAGCUACUCACCCCUUCCCACGGCUGGGGCUGUAGCUAGCCCUCUGAUUUGUGCCUCUUUGUUUGAGGUUGGGGGAAAUUCCUUUUCCCCUCUGUGACCUCCUUGAGAGUUAGAGCACCUAGUGUGGGUCAGCUCUAAGAGUGUUCAAUGUUUCCUAGUGUUUUGUUUUUCUGGGGCCUUUGGACCCUCAGCUUUUUGGUUUUUCUUGCCUCCUGAUUUAGGGAUGGUCUCAGUUUUAUCUGGUUGUUGGGCUAGCCCUUCAACUUCCUCUAGUUUGGAGCUGGGGGCCCUAUGUGUAUGAGGAGCAGAGUAGUUUGGGGGAUGCAGAGGCAGCCAUGAUGGGACUUUUGCUAAGUCUCUGGGCUGUUAAAAGCAUCCUGGACCUCCAGGGCAGGCCCGAGUGGCCUUAUUUUCAAGUGUUCUCAUAAGUUUGUGUUUUAUUUAUGGAUGGCUUACCUUUUCAGAGUAGCCACACCCAGCUGGCUAUCUCCUCAGCCUCUGGGCUCCUGCCUCCUAAAACCAGAGCUGCCUGGUUGGUGUCCACCCUAUGUCAAUGGGAGCCCAGCCUCCAUGCUCACGGGUAUUUUUUCUUCGUAAAGUUUAUAAAAUUAUUUAUAUGAAUCUUUGUUAUGUCGACUGGUUUGUAUUGCCUAUUUUGAUUACAGAAUAAAACAUUUUAACAGAUGCUUCAGUUUUCUGUUGUCUCCCAGCAUCCUUUGCCCAGUCCCCACUUUGGCUUGUGGAGCCAAAGACUAGCUCAGAACGACUUAGGCAGAUCCAGCUUGGUAGCUGAAUCUCUUCCCACUUCUGCUCUGUCUGCGUGGGGACAGAUGAGGUCUCUGCCCACACUCUGUUGCAGAGAGCUCCCCCACCACCAGCCAGUCAUCACUACAAAGUUGCAGCAGACCUCAGAGAUGUCGGCAGGCAGCUUCUGGGUUUCUGUGGCCUCUGAGGAAGUGACUUCCCCAUAACCAGAUAGGCAGUAUGCCUCAGAGGGCAGGAUUGGUUGGCUUCCUGGGCCGCCAGCUGUGUAGCCCUGGGUGUGGGGGGCGGGAUAGUGCUCCAAAAUUGGGGUGGGUCUGGACUUUCCCACCUCAUCAGCUGAAUUCCUAAUAAUCAAAGCUAUGGGAUGUCAUUUGCACCAUGAAGGUAGAGUUGAGCUGGGACCGCCCCGAAACCAGCUAUGGAUAUUUACCAAGGCCAGUUUGAGCCAGGCUUUCAUGUGGUGACACCAGCUUUUGCCUUACACACUAGUGAGCUGUCCUGCAGCUUACCUCCUUCUCCAUCUGGCUUCAGAAGGGUGUGGCCCCAGUUUGCAGCCACCACCCUUUCUUGUCAGAGCCUGUUUGAGUGGAGAGGUGCUUUAGGGGAAGUAAGUGUCCUGGCUGCACCGCCCCUCCCCAGCGCCACCACAACCCCUUUCCCCGCCUUCGAAAGUUCCAUGCUGAGUUGUGCUAUUAAGGGACCUGGUGACCAGGGUGGUGACUGCGCUGGGCACUGGAUGUACAAAACCUGGGUGAACUGGGAAAAGCUUUCAGCUGAACCGUUCGGCCUACCUUCCCGGCUUUUCUUCUUAUUUGUGGUUUUUUUUUCCCCCUCUGGUCCCCUCCCAGCCACACAUGAGCCCCAAGCCAGACGGCUGAGUGUAGCCGAACAGGAACAGCCGCUGAGGACUGGGGUCCUCCGGGCUCCAGGCCACAGCAGGGCAGGGAGGGAGCCUCCAGCGCAGGGCGGUGUCGUGCAGGCCCCGCCUCGCCCGCCUGCGCAGCUCAUUGGCCCCGAACGCACUGACUCGCGGGCGGAGCAGGAAGGAAACCGCUCCCAAGCGCGGCGGCAGCGUCGUUUCUAGCCGUGCAGCUGCCGCUCCCACCAGCCCUCGCUUGCUUUGCGUGUCCCUUUCCUGCAGCAUGAGUGGUCUGCGCGUCUACAGCACGUCGGUCACCGGCUCUCGUGAAGACUAUGAACUCUUCGUGGAGGCCGUGGAACAGAACACACUGCAAGAGUUCCUGAAGCUGGCCUGAGUAGGGAUGGCCACCAUCCAUCCCUACCCAACUCCUCACCAGGCCUUGAAGGACCUUGUGACCAACCUUGGAGUCCCUCCCUGCAAAUCCAAGCCCUUUCUGUAUCCCCCUCCUUCCUUCCUUCCUUCCGAGGCAACAUUCCUUACUCACCAAUCGGUCUCAAGAGAUUGUCUUAAGCAAUGCCCCCAAUGCUGGCUGCCCCUAGCCAGGCCAUGGGGCUACCUCCCUGCCUGGCACUGCCUGAUGGGUAUUUCUGUUAGUUCCAUCAGCCAGAGCUCUGCCAAAGGCCCCGCAAGUCCCUCUCCUGGGAGCAUCCUAGAGACAAUUAAAUGCCCAUUCCACUGGU